GUCUCCCACAUCCAUUUCAAUGGCUCUGAGUCUCCCUUCUCUCUUCCUCUUCACUCUCCUUUCUCUUUCAAGAUCACGUUGCUUUGCAACUGGCAAACAUUGGAACGCAGAGAAGAACGCAGUAUUAGGGUUUUCGGGCAGGGUCGGAAUCAGCUAUGGAAGACAAGGAGACAACCUACCUUCCCCUUACAAAUCCAUUAACCUAAUCAAAUCCGUUAACGCGGGUCACGUCAAGCUCUACGACGCCGACCCUGAAACCCUAAUUCUCCUCUCCCAGACGAAUCUCCGCGUCACCAUCAUGGUUCAAAACCACGACAUCGUCUCCAUCGGGUCCGACCAGAGGGCUGCAGACGACUGGGUCCGUACCAAUGUCUUGCCUUACUACCCUCGAACCCUAAUCAGAUUCGUCCUUGUCGGAAACGAAGUCUUGAGCUAUUACAACACUGAUCAAGACAGAGAUAUCUGGAGAAAUCUCGUUCCCGCCAUGCGGAAGAUCGUUAAAUCUCUCAGGGCACAGGGGAUUCAUAACGUUAAGGUCGGAACUCCUCUCGCCAUGGACGUUCUGCAAUCUGCGACGACAUUCCCGCCGUCGAGCGGAACUUUUCGGGAUGAUAUCGCUUUUCCGGUGAUGUUACCGUUGCUGAAGUUUCUCAACGGGACGAAUUCCUUCUUCUUCAUCGACGUUUAUCCGUAUUUCCCCUGGUCUAGCGAUCCGGUUAACACCGGUUUAGAUUUCGCUCUCUUCGAAGGAAAUACCACGUAUACCGAUCCGAAAACCGGUUUGGUCUAUAGCAAUUUGCUGGACCAGAUGCUGGAUUCGGUUAUCUCUGCGAUGUCCAACCUCGGGUACCCGAGUAUCCGUCUCGCGAUCUCGGGAACCGGGUGGCCUAAUUCGGGUGAUAUCGAUGAAAUAGGAGCCAGCGUGCGCAACGCUGCCACGUAUAACCGGAAUCUGAUCAAGAAAAUGACGGCUGACCCGCCGAUCGGUACGCCGGCAAGGCCCGGUUCAGUCAUACCGACUUUCGUAUUCUCCUUGUUUGACGAAAACCGGAAACCCGGUCCAGGAACCGAGAGGCACUGGGGAAUCCUGCGUCCCAGCGGUACACCGGUUUACGAAAUCGACUUUACCGGGAGAAAACCGGUUUCAGGUUAUGGACCGCCGGCAAAACCGGGAAACGGUGGGGUCGGGGUUGCGCCGUGCAAGAAGAGGAGAGCGUGGUGCGUGGUCAAGGAAGGGGCUGACGUGGCGGCGUUAGGGCAAGCGUUGGGGUUUGCUUGCGGAAGAAGCAACGAGACUUGCUCGGCGUUGGCGCCGGGGAGGGAGUGUUACCAGCCAGUGACGAUUACUUGGCACGCAAGUUACGCGUUCAGCUCGUACUGGGCUCAGUUCAGGAGCCAGAACGCUCGGUGUUACUUCAACGGCUUGGCUCGCGAGACCACGGUCGAUCCCGGAAAUGGGCGGUGCAAGUUUCCGAGCGUUGCUUUGUGAAGAAUCCUAAAGAGAGAGAGAGUGCUGAAUUCGUCUAAAGUCAAACUUUGUCAAUGGAAUGUUUCUUUCUUCGGUUCUUGUUUUGGCAAAU